CGAGUGUCGACGUUUGAGUGGACGCGCGGCCGACGACAUAAAAGGGAGAUCGCGCGAGCGGCGGGCGCACAGUCGCGCACCGUCUAUCCGCCGGUACGGAGCGGAACGCGCGAACGGCACGCAGCAUAUACACGGUUACGUUCGAAAUCCAUUCUAUUCGACGUCCCCGGCACUUUAACCCGCGGGGAAGCAACAGUUAUGCCCUCGAGGACCGUUGUCGCACCGUUGGCCAUCGACUCGCCACGCUGUUGAAUCGCACUCGUCGCGCGUCCGCCCGCGGUGAAUUGUGCUGGUUGGUUGCGUUUUUUCUUUUUGUGUGCAAAACGUGAUUCGUGGUCUGUACAGAAGACAGUAAAAUUCAACCAAAGGAUAUAAAGGAUUUUAAAAUUAUUGAAAUUACGCAUGGCGUAUGGCUUACCCUAUGGCAUGGCAUCGCGAAACUUCGCAUUGUGCACUCUUAUUGUCGCCUUCCUCCACACCAGUCUCGGACAAACGCCGCCCAAGUCCGAGGUCCUGCCCGAAUUUCUGGCGCUCUUGGAAAAUCACACGGUCACUCAAGGUCGCGACGUCUCCUUCACCUGCGUCGUUAAUCAUCUCCAGUCUUACAAGGUCGCCUGGAUAAAGUCGGAUUCGCGUGCGAUUUUGGCCAUUCACACGCACAUGGUGGCGCACAACCCACGCUUGUCCGUCACUCACAACGGCCAUAACACAUGGAAGCUGCACGUGACUAACGUUCAGCCGAACGACUCCGGCACGUACAUGUGUCAAGUUAAUACGGAUCCUAUGAGGAGCCAGACCGGCCACAUGAAGGUCGUGAUACCGCCCGAUAUUAUGGACCUAGACAACACCGCGGAUAUGCUGACCACCAAGGAAAACGGGGAUCUGCUGUUGCGGUGUCGAGCUACCGGCAAUCCGGAACCGGUGGUGAUCUGGCGACGGGAAGAUGGCCGGAACAUCACCCUGAGGAACGAGAACACCGUCGAGCGAACAGCGCGUACGUUUGAGGGCGAACAACUUCACCUGCGGGGCAUUCAGCGACAGGAGAUGGGAUCUUAUCUCUGUAUCGCGUCGAACGGAGUGCCGCCGUCGGUCAGCAAGAGAUAUUACGUCAACGUCCGCUUCAAACCGCUGAUUAAAGUCUCAAACCAGUUAGUAGCUGCGCCCGUCGACAGCGACGUCCUCCUCCAGUGCUACGUAGAGUCCUCGCCGAAGGCUCUCAACACGUGGUACAGAAAUAAUGGAGUCAAAAUACUCGAGGGCGAGAAGCACGACACAUCGGAAGUAGCCAUCAACGACUAUGCAUAUCAGCUAAAUCUUACUGUUAGACGCCUCGACAAAUCUGAUUUCGGCGCUUACACGUGCUCCGCCGAAAACGCUUUCGGCAAAACGGAAGGGUCCAUAAGACUACAAGAGCUGCAGAUGGCCAAACCAACGACAGUCUCCACGCGGAACACCGAGGUGAUCGAGAAGCAUACCUGGCGGAAGCAGGCGGAGAAGAAGGGGAAGAAACCCUCGUACGCGCUCGACAAAGAGUCGGAUGCGAUCCCCAAGAACGUGGGUCACACUACGCCGACGUCCAAGCGGAAUUCGUCCAGCUCAUUACCGAAUAACGCGAACAAGUCGAGGAGCUCCGUGUUUCCAGCGCCGGCACCGGCCCCGGCGCACUCGGCGCCGACGCAACUGGACGCCCAGAACGGCGUCAAAUCAUUACGCGAGUCGCGAUUGUGUCACGUCGGCCUCGCCAUGAUCGUCCUGGUGAUUUUAACACGCGAUUGAAACGAAGAGCAAAACUUUCUACGCGACGGCGAGGUCGUUUUUAGUUACAAUCAAGUCGGAUCGUUCGUCGUGAUCGUCGAAAGGCACACACACGCGCGCGCGGAGUGAGACUACGUGUAACCGAUGUUAAAGUAAUUUUUCUUGCCAUAUUUUUGUUUAGGUGUCAAAAGAAUUGUGACGGGGAUGCCGAGGACAUUGCUACUUUACUGUAUAUAAUGAGACAUUUUUAUGACAAUAAAUGUAGUUACGUCUGGAAAGUAAAAAUGGAGAACACGAAAAAGUAUCCGAGUGGUAGAUGAACAUUGUUAAAAACACGCGCUUGUAACUACCAUCAUUAUACACAGUGCAUUUCAAAUGUAUAUUAAUUUCUCAGAAGGUGACGCGUGUCAUUAUUUCUUCUGUUUGGAUAAAAGAACACCAUUUUACAUAUUUUCAAAUAGUAGGCAUUAUUAAGCGUAAGAAGAUUUAGAGGAGUCGUCUCGUUCGUGUAAUCGUUGCACGGAAUUAAUAGAUAAGCAUAUACAUCGACAGAGCAAAUAAAGUGGGGUCCAUACUGAGAAAAAAAAAACCAGCUAAAUUUCAAAUUCGUUGUUCUUUAGAAACCGAUUGAAUUAAAUUCACUCGUCUCUAGGAACAGCCGUAUUUAACUCUACGAGAAUUGUGACAUGUAUAUAUGUAUGACAAUAAAUGUUGUUUCUACUAUCA